AUGGCAUCAAGUCAUUACUUGGAAUUUGGUCGUGAACCGGGGAUAAAUGGCAAUAGCAUAUAUUUUACAACAGCUGAGGAUUUUAGUGGGAGUACUGUAACAUCGGGACAAGUUAAACAAAUGGAUGAGGGAAAAGUUACAAGUUCGAUUACGAAUGAUACCACUAUUAAAUCGGAUGAUUAUUGUAAAUUAAACAUCUCGAAUGAUUCGAAUAUAUUUAUUCCUACGAAGGGAACAAAUUGCGCCGCUCGAAUUGGGCGCAAAGCAAUAAUUCGUGAUGAAACUACGGAAGGAAAGGAUAAGAAUGUAAGAAAACAACAAAUUGUAUCGAUGUAUGCGACACCAGCGCUCAACAAUUGCCGUGAUAUUAUUGAUGGUAAUUGGCAAAAUGAUGAUGAAGGAAUGAAUAAGUUCAAGAACAAACAGGAAUUAAAAUUGCUGGAACAGAAGGAGUGA